UUGCUUCUUUUGACUAAAUCGAUCGAUUGCAGAGAUGAAGAGAUACAGAGUUUAUGGGGAAGAACAGAAUGAGCGUAUAGACAGCUUCAGCUUAGCGAACGUGCUUCUGCUUCUAUCAGGAGGGUCGGCCGGUAAGGUUACAGCGGCCGCCACCGGGGGUGGCUGCGGCGAAUCGGCGGUGGAGAGGGUGUUCGAGUGCAAGACGUGCAACCGGAAGUUUACAUCGUUUCAGGCAUUGGGGGGGCAUAGGGCCAGCCAUAAGAAGCCGAGGUUGGGAGGGGUGGAGGGGGUGGAGCAGGUUAACAGCGCGGCGGCUAAACCGCGGGUACACGAGUGCUCGGUUUGCGGUCUUGAGUUUACUAUUGGGCAGGCGCUGGGAGGGCAUAUGAGGCGGCACAGGGGAGCGGCGGAGGAAAAUGGGCGGCGGUGUGGUGAGCCGGCGGGGGAGAAGAUGGUGGGGAUUGAUCUGAAUUUGGUGCCGCCGAUGGAGGUGGAGGUGGAGGUGGAGGAGGGAGGUCGGCUGCCGAAGCUGUUGGGGUUUACGUUGACUCAGGGGAUGGUGGAUUGGAUGCAUUAGUUGAUUUUUUUUUUUUUAUUAAUUUGCUUGUAUUUGUGUUCAUAUUAUGGUUUUCUUCUUUUUUUUGGAUGGAUUAUUGGAGGAAUUUUGUUUGAAUACAUGUAAAUGAAAUAUUUGAAAUAUUUUUAUGUAUAUUUAAAUAAAUAACAAUUAUAUUGUU